CUUACAGCAUGGGGUGUAAACAAAACCAGAAUGUCACUGUCUGAUUGUGUUUAUGACAAUGUUUUCUUUUUCUGAAAGUUAUUAACAAUUUGCCUUAAUUACAAUAAAGCUAUUAGUACACUUUUUUAAACCAAGAACACAUUUCAAUGCAUUUCUGACCUCAGGACUUGACCUGUCCUUUUCUGUCCAGGUUCUGCUAUCAUUAUCUGGAGGUCCUGCAUCCAGUGCUCUCCUCUCUCAGGUCCAAGAGUGGGAGCUGCUUGUGGGCAGAGCCUAGAAGAGCAAGGUGAAGUAAAAAGCCAGCUGGAAUCGAUAUUCAAAGCAUCUGGAUUCCCAUUAUAUAUAUAGUCCACUUAGAGGAGGUAAGCAGUUUUACCCUAAAUUGAACAGGGGCGUGCAAGAAAUCUGGAAUCUAUCUUGCCCAUUUCAGAGGAAAGUAAUCAAAGUGUGCAUUUAUUUAAAAUAAGUAAUUCAUUGCAGUGACACCCAGUGGUUACAUGUAGGAAAAAAAAAAGUUUCUUCAUUAAUCACAUAGAACAUUCUGUUAUCUGUUCUCAUUGUUUUAUCUGCCAGUUUUUCAGUCUCCCCAGUUCAGUCCUGCAGUGUGCAUCCAUGGCCUCAGACAGGUGGAAUGAGAGCUACAAAGAGGCAGUGGAUGGAUUUAUUCAGAGUGCCAGCUCCAGAACUCAGAGGGAGACAGGUCAGGGGUGCAGUUCAUACAAGGAGGUCCAAACCCUUCUGUCAGAGGUCAGUACCCAGGAGUGGUCUGGAGAGGGUGGCACAGUGACCAACAGGAGCCCACCCUUCACUCCAGAGCAGACAGAGGCUGUAAGGACACUGCUGGCUUCAGUGAAGACUUUGACCGCCAGGGAGGAACUGCUGAAGACCCUAAAGCAACACCUGAUUCUGCACACAGCAAGGGUCAGAAGUUACUCAAAGGUGAUGAUGGAAGACAGCUGCUCUCGUCUGGCCGUCAAACUGCUCACGAACAUCUCCCUGGGGAGAGGAGCGUUCCUUGCCAUGGACACAGCGAGUUGCUGCUAUAGCUUCGGGUUGGUGGCUUCACAAGGACACUCGGGUUUCUCUGACCCCCGCUAUGGAGAUCUUGCCAUAGUCAGGCCCAUGAGAGAGUACUCCUAUAAAGAAAUUGCCUUCUAUAACAGGAUGUUUAAAGCCCCCUCUGUUUUCACCUCUGCUCUUGACAGAAGGAAGCAGAAUUCAUCACCUGACAGAGAGCGUCAUCAGUAAACUUCAGGCUGACUUCUCUGCCACUGUGAGCACCAUUUACAGGCAAGAUCAAAGAAUCAGGUCUUACAAAACUGCCAAGAACAGUACUGCCUAGUACGCACUAUUACUUUUUUGUUUAAAUUACUUGCAAAUUAACUUUUUGUGGCAUUUAGUCAAAAGCUAUUACUACAUAGAAGUAAAGCUAUAAUAAUGGUAUAAAACAAAAGCUGUGCAUGAGAGUGCGAAGCUGUAACAAACCAAACUUGGACCUCCUGAAGUUUAACGGGAAUGAAGCUGUUUAACUGUCACCUUUCGCUAAUCUUUUUGCGGUCUGGUUGCACAAGACAAGUGAGAAGCUCAACACUGCCUGCCAUCAUCCUGUCACUGAUGGAGACUUGACAGAAAUGCUGUGCCUCUGUGCUUUGAACACUGGGGCAGAGAAGGCUACCGCAUUCCGCGCCACACUUAUCUCCGAGAUCCUCUCUCGUAAUAAGAUGCUUGGCACCAUCCUUGCCCUGGGGGUUGCUAAGCAAGAGUGCUGUGCUUCUGGUGGGGACAAGAUGGGUGGCUGCCACUCAGUGGACAGGUACAGUCAGAGUUGUUUCUUUUUUUUAAAAAGCUAUAAAACACCCUUUUUUGUACAAUCUUCAUUCAUAUUUUUGGAUACAAACAUGGUUUAAAAUUCAUAAUUGUUCUCACUACAUACAAACAAAUCUGUGUUGUGUCUAUUGCACCACGACUGUAAUGAAAAUGAAUAGAAACAAAAGAAGCGUUUCUAGUACUGUCACAUAAAGGAAACGUAAACAAGCCAGUCAUAGCCUACCUUUUGAAAUACAAUCUGUAAAAAUAUUACAUCAUGUUUUCCUUGUAGGAUCAGCUUCAACCCUGUUGUGUUAUAACUGCAGGCUGAUCAUUAAAGACAUGGUGAGCAAGAUAGAAGUAGAAUUAAGCAAAAAAUACCUGACACAGUGGAGAUAUGGAAUCGUAUUUGUGUUGCAUGUCCUGGUUGACUUCUGUGUGUGUGGGGUGGGGGGGUGGUUUUUUCCUUCCAGCUUCCAAUUUGUCAAUCCAUCAAUUUUAAUUAGUUUGUUGUAGAGUUUUAUAUUGCUUGGUGGAACAAAUAUGUGCUUCACUCCUGAAGAUGCUACUCCCAGCAGAACAAUGUGGGGCAGAUGCUUGGAUAUAUAUAAUUAUAUCACAAAAUUAUUGUGUUGAACAUUGUUUUUUCAUAGGAGGGCAUCAUGGUCAUAGCAAUAUAUAUAUAUAUAUAUAAAUAA